AUGCAGCGCCGGGCCGGGCCGGGCCGGGCCGGGGGCCGCGGGGGCGUCAAUCCUGCCUCGCCGCAGCCCCCCGGGGCCGAUCUGCCUCCGGCGCCGCGCCCGCACACGGCGGCUCUGCCGGCAGCGCCGGGCUCGCCGCUGCCCAAAUCGGGCCGGGGGGGGGGGGGGUGGAAGGGGAGGAGAGCGAGGAGGAGGAGAAGGAGGAGGAGGAAGAAGAGAAGGGGACAGGUUGGGGCUGCCCGGCGCUGCGCGAUGGGCUGGGGAGCGCCGCGGGCGGCGGCCGUCGGGGGAGCCGAGCCGGGCUGGGCUGAGCCGGGCGCGGCACCGAACCCACCGAGACGCCGGCGCUGCGGGGUCCUGGGGGCUGGACGGGGCUGCCGCGGUCCCCUUGCUACCCGAGGAGGGAUUAGGAGAUGCCGCGGUCCCCGUCAAGCCCGGGGAGGAUUUGGAGGCUGUCCCGGUCCUUUCCCAGCAAGGAAAAAAUGGAGAGUCCUGAGCCGCGUGUUGACAUUAGAGGCAGAACCUGAGCCAGGGAAGAGCUGGAUGAUGGAGCAAGCUGCAAGUGGCUGUGGGCACAGGGCUCAUCCUGCACCAAGCUCGAGAUGGCAGAUGGAGCCCUGGAGAAUAAAGAGCUAAUCCCAAGUGACCUGACAUCAUCCCGGGCAUGGAGAACAAGGUGUUGAGCCGGGCUGCUGCUGAGCACACCUAUUAAAUGUGUUCUCUCUGUCAUGAAUUAUGGAUCUCCGCAUUUCCAUUUCCCUGCUGCCGCUUGUUUGAUGGAAUUCUCCUCGGCUGAUAAGGAUUAAGCCACCUUCUCCAAGGCACAGCGCCGAGGCAGGCUGUGCUCCAUCAGCCUGGGGUGAGGAUGCUCCACUCCUGGGGCCUGCCCGUGGGGCUCCAAGGUGCAGCAUCAUCCCCCAGGGAGGAAAUGCAGGCCGAGGCUGGGCCCCCGGCUGGGAAAGACUUGGCAGAGGCCAGGGGUUAUUUUGGACAAGGUGAGGGGGUUAUUUUGUACAGGGCCGGCACACCUCAUCCUGCCAGCUCCUCCUCUGAAGAGCAGCACCUGGGGGUGGCUGAGGUGUGGCAGGCACAUUCUUCUCUUUCUCAGGAUUUUUCAUAGAGGAGCGCAGAGGAAAGAAAGAGAAAACAAUUUCUAUUUCUACUCCUUGUUUUCCCAUGUGGAAUGUGUUUGGAGAAUUGUUUACCUAGAAUGAUUGCUUAACUAGAUUCUGGUGAGGAUUGUUUGAGCCUGAUGGCCAAUCCAACCCACCUGGGGCUGGACUCUUGAGACAGGGUCACGAGUUGUGAGUGAGUUAGAUGUGGUAGAUAGAAGAAAUAAGUAUAUAUUUUAAUAUCUCCUUUAAAUAGUAUAUUAAUGUAUUAUAGUAUAGUUAUAAUAAAGAAACAAUUCAGCCUUC